UGUAUCCAUGCCAGACUACUACCGCAGUAAAAUUGUGAACUAAACCUCAAAUAUUUACCUUCCCGUCGGCUAUCGAAUGUCUCUCAUUUCCACCGAUCUACAAUUCCACUCAGCCCUCACUCACAUCGCACCAAUAACCAAUGGCAUAUCGUGCAAAACUACAAAACUCUCAAUUGUCGCCAUCCAAAGCCAGUUAACCGUGCACUUUACCCCAGAGUAGUGGUAUACUACACCACUCUGUUGCCACUUUUUUCUAUAUUUAACUCCGGAGAAAGUUAGUUUUUAUUUUAUUUGUUUUGUUAUUUCCUCUGCCUUCUUUUUUUGCAAAAAAAAAAACAAUAAAAGAAGAAAAAACAAAAAGACAUGGUCAAAUGGAAUGGUAGCUUUUGGCUACCACUGGCAUUGACUUCUUCCCUUCUCAUUCUUCUCCUCCUUCCAUCGUCAACUCACAGCUACGAUCCAAAUGACAUGAAAAUCGCAGCCGUCCUCCCACCCGAAGGCAUGUUCGAAGCUUUCUAUCCACGUGAAAUGGACGGAGUACCGAAUGGCUCAUCGAGGCCAGCUCAUGGCCAUGGUAGUUUCUUCAAACAUCGCAAUCCAGCUUUGGUAGAUACGAAAAAUGCAGCAGCUUAUGGCUAUCGUUUCGAUGGCAAAAGAAGGUUUAAUUUUGAUUGAUAACGAUCAAGAGAUUAGGAAAAAAAGAAGUGAAAAAUCUUUGAAAAAGAAUAAAGUUUGGUUU